AUGGAAUUACCCGGAACCAAGCGAUGGUACGAGGAACGUGGCAUUCCCUAUCGACUAGGCAUUGCCCUGCACGGUCCGCCAGGUACUGGGAAAUCAAGGUUGUGUCAUGGCAUCGCCAGUAUGUUGUGCCUGGAUAUCUACACAAUCUCUCUAGGCUCCUCUGGCCUUGACGACAACGGCCUCUCCGCAUUGUUCCAAAAAAUUCCUGAGCGUUGCAUUGUUCUCGAGGAUAUCGAUGAGGCCGGUUUACCGAAACGUGGUGAUGAUAUCUCUUCUCAGCCAAGCCAGGAAGCGAUCGACGGGAAUGAGAAUGCUAAGACAUACAAUACCGAGUCAGCACAUGGAAAUAUCUCUCUCUCCGGCUGCUUGAAUAUUAUUGAUGGUGUGGCUCCGCAGGAUGGUCGUGUUCUAAUCAUGACUACCAAUAACAUUGGCGGUCUGGACUCUGCCCUCUUGCGUGCAGGACGAGUCGACAUGAAAGCGUUCAUAGGCCCUGUCCACGGUAUUAUGGCUCAAGAGCUGUUUUCCAUGUUCUAUUUGGCCCCCACGGAUGAAAAAUUCAUGGCGGUCCGACAAGCAACUGGCAGCAUCCAGCCGUUAUCUCUACCAGCCUCCGAUGAAUGGACGCUGGACAACCUUGUUCAUCUAGCAACUCAAUUCGCCGACAAUGUUCCUUCGGGAUGGUUCACGCCCGCUUCUUUGCAAGGCUACCUGCUACGAUACAAAGACGAUCCUGUUUCCGCAGCCCACAAUGUUAGAAAAUGGGUAGAUCAGACGAUCAGCUCCUUCACAAUCGGCCACGGACAGGAUUUGUCAAGUCUUCGUGUUUCUGGAUUACCCUACCAAUUUAGGCUUCACGGUGAGACCUUCUCCAUUAGAGUGAGCGCUGUUAUCUUUGAUGGAGCAAACAUAUCUUAUGAGCUCCGUGUUCUGCUUCUGCGGCGUGCUUCCCACGGUACUGAUCCCGGGCUCUGGGAUUUACCAGGUGGUACUGUCGAGCCAACGGACAGUACAGUCUAUGAUGCUCUGAAGCGUAAGAUCCAGGAGAAAUCUGGGCUUCGGCUUUUACGAAUCAACCGUGCACUCGGACUCAGGGCUCAGAUGCGAACCGAGCAAGCAAAAUGUGUUGCUUUUCCAUAUAUCGUUUGUGUCUCUGAGAUAGAGGUCUCCAGAUUCCCGGAUGAGCCACCUUUGGGAGGGAAAUGCGACGAAUCGGUACGGAUCAACGCGGAGAAACACCAGGAUUUUGCGUGGGCAACAGAAGACCAGGUGCGGAGGGAUGCAUAUCUGAUGCUCGGAGAUCAGAAGGCGACUAUCCUGGAGGCAUUUGCUGCCACUCCUAGAAGUUCUUUGUGGGAGUCAUAA